GGCUUCUCAAACUUCAUCCGCAGAAGACCACUCGGCGAAAGUCUCCAACUCGAUGCCGUUGUCUAAACGCUGACGUGCGGUGAUGUCAUCAAUAGGUCUUGACCCACCAUUCUUAACCAGCUCCCCUCACCGUCCAUGGACGCACCCAAAAAUCGGUACAUGACCCACGCACACAUGCAUACUUACUGAUAAAUCGCGCUCUCUCUCUCAUUUUCUCUUUCCCUCUCCCGUCGCUUGACCCACUCCAUUCACAGGCCACUCUGUGUGAGUGUGCAUGUAAACACGCGCUUGUCAACGGCCUCGUUUAUGUGACAUGACGCUAUGCGGCUGUGGCCUCUCUCUCGGCCUCUCUCUCCAUCUCGUCUUCUUCUGGCGUGAGCAUCUUGUAGUCACGCCGCUUGCGCAAUAUGUCGUCAAGCUCACCCCUGCACACACACACACAUAUCGCCAAACAUGGGGGCCGGGGAUGCAUCAUAUUAUUCUCAUUGCCUCCCUGAGUGGGUGGGGGAGUGGGUAACCAACCGACUGACCUUGAGAAGUUUUUGAGCCAUGGGUAGAAUCGGGCUCGUCCUCUGGGCGGCUCCGUCAUGUAGUCGGUGAUGGCCAGAUCGACCGCCACCAACUGCACGUCAGCAUCGCUCCACUCCUGAACACAGACACGUAUUAAUACGGGGGCACAGGUAUCUGUGUGUGGCGUGUGGCUUGCCUGGCAUCUCUCCUUGACAAGGUCGAUUGCGAGAGGGACGACGUCGAUCAUCUGCUUGACGUAUGCGUCGUGUGUGGGCUCUCCCGUGAACUGCGGCACGAUGUCGGCCAGCCAUAUCAGGCGGUCCUCCGCACUCACGUCAUCGCUCAGCUGGCCAAGCUUCAGCCAGAAAUCCUUGCUGGGGGGCUCCAGGCCAAGACCUUGCCUGUGUCCGUGCAUCAUUGAACCAAACAAAGCGAACACACAACAUACAACAUGCACGCUGUGUGUCUGUGGACGCAUGGCUGGGUGCACUCAUGCCAUCCACUCACCUGAGUGCGCUUUGCUGUGCCUCGGUGUUUUUCCAUUGAGGCGCGAGCAGGGAGGCCAACUUGGCGCGCAGGGGGGGCGGGAAAGUCACCGGAUUCAUUUCCUGCACACGCAGAGAGGCAGGCAGGCAGGCAGGCAACAUGCCUUUGCACACCCACCCAUGCAGAACUGCGCCCUACCUACCUUGAGAACCCGGUAGAUGGAGGGCACCCCCUGCAGACAUAGCACACAGCCAAUCAUACGGGUAUACUAGAUUGAUGGAUGGAUGGAUGGCUGGAUGGAUGGCUGGAUGGAUGGCUGGAUGGAUGGCUCUGUCUAUUUUACUCAUUACCUUGACAGCAUCGACAAAACUCUCCUGCUCGCUCUCGGUGUCGGCCCUGUUGAAGUCGCGUGUGAGUCGCGCCACGACCAGCUGCCUCUCUGCGUCCUCCAGCUCACGAGCCGUCCACAGCUGACCCAUCAUAGCCUCAUAUGGGUCCUCUGUGUGGUGCGGAGGCAGCCUCUGAGUUACACAGGCGCGUACACAGAGAGGGAGAUUGUGCUUCCUCGUUGGGCCUUGUUGUUUGACGGGCGUUAUACGACUCGGUGAGGUGGGUGACCGACUGAAAGUUUACCUUUGUGGCUUGGACGGCAUAGACGAAUCGGUCGGGGCUGCCCGAGAACAUAUUCAUCAUGCUCUCUGCCUCCCCCUGUGGCGUGACGUCGAACCCCUUGAGGUCCGCCCAGCCGUCCGACGCCGAGAAGCGGAAGAAACUGCCCGUUAUGUACAUGUGCUGCGCGUCGUUCAUCUGCUUCCACCACUCCAUCUGUAGUACAAUAUUGAUAUAUCACGCGCACACACGUGCAUGCACCAGAUGAAUGAUCCGAUCUUCGGUACCGACCGACCUUUUUGUUGACGGCUUCCUUGUUUGCAUUUCCGCCGGUGAAUGCCACGACGCAGAGGCCCCCCGGCUUGAGCACCCGCCAAGCCUCACGCAGCACCCGCCGCGGCUUGGUGAAGAACUCCAUGGCGUUGCUGAUAAGCACCACGUCGAAGCUCUCCCUCUGCAGGCCUCUCUCUCCAAUGGCAAUCCGGCGCUUGUGGUCGAUCCACCCCUCCUCGGAGUUCAGAUCCACCACGAACGACUCGGUCAGGGCGGGAUUGGCGUCGAGCUCGUCCUGGUUAAUGCCAAUGCCCACCACUCUCGCGUACUGGCGGUCUCCUGGGAGGUAGCUGUAGCUGCCCGCACCAAUGUCGAGCACCGAGAUGGCGCCACUUGGGAAGCAUCGCGCGUAGUGGUUGGUGAGUGCGAUGCGGGCCGGUUCGUCGAAGAAGGGUCGAAUGUCAGCUGUGGAGAAGAAUUCGAUGUCGCUGGUGUUGUCAGUGCGCUUGAACUGGUCCUUGCGGAACGGCCAAGCUGGAGGCCACUUCCACAUGUAUGGCUCUACCUUCAAACCUGACAGAGACGUCACAUCCCAGGCAUAGCAUACACACGGAUAUACGUGCACUGCAGUGACUGUCUGCCGCAUCCAUUGCACCCACAGCCACUCACUCACCAGGCUCGGUUUGGUUCUCUGGCGGGACAUCUGGGAAGUUGCCCUUGCCUGAGAAGUUGUUGAGCGACUGCCGGAUGUCGAAGGCCCUCAAAGCGGUUGCCUUGAGCCUUCGCAAGCCGCGGGAGGUGGGAGAUCUUGGUGCAGAGAGGGCGGGAGAGCGAGGUGUGAGUGGCGAGGGUCUGAAUGCACGGCUGACAUGAGUGAGGAAGAGGACAGUGAUGGCUGCUGAUGGAACCAUGAGGGGGGAG